ACUCCGUCAGUCUAGGCUAGUGAUGCUGAGCACGCACACCGGAAGCCAUGUUGUGAUGAUGUUGGGAGGACUUGUUGACCACGACAAGCAGAGGAAGAUGAUGAUGAUGAUGAUGAUGAAGAAAAUGAUGGUCACAAGAUGGCGCCAAUAAGGAUUUGCUCGUGUGCUUUCCGACCUGCGCGUGCGAAUUCGUUCGAGUGACACAACAGAAGGACGUCGACGAAAGACAACAAGACGGGAUGGCGUUCAUGUGCGGCUUCUCGCGCUCGCGCAGCAGCUCGCCCGCUCGUCAGGACUCCCGCGAGCGCGUCACCGUGUCGGAGCUGGAGCGACUUUUGAGCAGCGGCAAGACGGCCUGCAACCACGCCGAUCAAGUCUGGCCCGGACUCUACAUCGGCGACCAAAACGUGGCGUCGGACCGUGGCGAGCUGGCGCGCUUGGGCAUCACUCACAUCGUCAACUGCGCGCAGAGCCGAUGGCGCAACGGUGGCGGCGGCGCCUACGCCGGCAUGAAGGUGACGUACCUCGGCAUCGAGGCGCACGACUCGCCCGCCUUCGACAUGAGCAAAAACUUUUACCCCGCCGCCGACUUCAUACACAAAGCGCUCUCUGGAGGAGGGCAGGUUCUGGUCCACUGCGCGGUAGGCCUGAGCCGCUCGGCCACGCUGGUCCUGGCCUACCUGAUGAUCCGGCAGAACUUAACCCUGGUCGAGGCCAUCAAGACCGUCAAGGACCACCGCGGGGUCACGCCCAACCGAGGCUUCCUGCGCCAACUCAGCGGCCUGGACGGCAUCCUGUGCGAGAGUCGCCGCACCGCCGCCGCCGCCGCGGCGAGCAGCUCGUGCUAACGGCUAACGUCACACAAUGUGCGGAGAAGCCGCCGACGUCACCGUCGGAACAAAACUGCCUCCACCAUGACGGGCUGCCGAGGACUCGCUCAGAAAACGGACCGAGACGGAGCGUUUCGUCAAAUGCUCGUUAUGACCACCUCCGUCCAGUGUUUGUUAGCAAAUGCUAACGGCAAACGUGUUUUUGGUUUUUUCCCACGCUGAACGUUUUGGGGAAAAAAAGCAAACAAUGUUCUUACAAUGUUCUUGUAUUCAUCUUCAUCAGAGGCAUUUUUCUUCCUCCGUCUGAUUUGUUUCUUCGCCUUCGAAGCACUGAGCCCUCCCUGGCUUUCUGAACGAGCCGGUCGCUCGACUGCCUGAGCCACGGCCACCACAACAAAGUCAAAUCAUCUAAAUCAGAGAUCAAAAUCAAAACAUUUGCCAUACAACCCACACCGCACUAAAGAAUUCAUUAAAAAAAAAAAAAAAAAAUCUCUGUUGUCGCUGUCGUGCCUCCCUUGUCUCCUUCACAAAUUAGGGUUCCAAACUUGGGUUAGGGUUUGAAAGUUGCCUUUUAAACUCGGGACUGGGAUUCCCAUUGUGCUUCAAGCUCCGUGUCAGGAUUCAAAGUUGGCUCUCAACGAGGGUUUGGGUUUCACAAUCGGUUUUCACGCUAGCCCGAGGGUGGGCAAGUUGGGUCCUGCUUCUUUUCCGGGGCCUCCCUGCUGCGCCGCGCCCCGUUCACUCCACAAGUCGGUGACCGUAGUAACCUCUCGUCAAUGGGAAAGAGCCUCUUACAAAGUUCUGGGGAAAAUAGUCAUGUUUAAUGGUGGCGGGGAAAAGAUGAAAGCAUAGCGAAGUGAGGAAAAAUAAUGUCGUGGAUGUGUGGAGUAUGUAGAAAUUAGAACGGUGUCAAAAUAGGGAGUGGAGUAAAAAAAA